AUGUCUGUCACUAUUGAUAGAGGACUGGUAGCAAAUACCAAACGAGUUCAUGGUGUUCACCCUGUUUUUCUCAUCGAGAAAAUAUUACGCGAGCGAAUACUCGACAGCCAAUAUUGGAAACGAGAAUGCCAACACGCCGACUUGCUAGUACUUCUGGAUCGAGGCGUCGAGUUGGAGCAAAUUGGAACUUAUGCAAAUGCUGGACAUACACUUCCAACCCCAUUUAUAUGCCUCCUGCUCAGACUUCUGCAGCUUCAACCUGCUGCCGAUAUAGUUUAUCAUUUGCUCGUACAGAAGGAUUUUAUCUACCUCACGGCAUUAGCAGCUCUGUAUAUUAGAAUCACUUGCCAAUCGGUGAUAGUUUACCAGAAACUGGAGCCUUUGUUGGCCGACCGUCGACGAUUAAACACGAUUGAAAACCAAACAGUCAAGUCGAUUCAUCUGGACGAGUAUAUUGACAAACUGCUGCAAGAAGAUAAGUUUUUCGAUAUGGUGCUUCCCCGCCUUAUUGACAGAUUGGUUCUCGAAGACCAGGAGCUGUUAGAGUCGCGGCAAGGUUCAUUGCAGGAAGAAUCCGAACGCAUGUACGAAGACGAAAAAAAUGAAACGGGACAACGAGCAGCCCACGGCUGA